AGAGUUAAUCAAACUAGCAACAGGAUCUCAGGCGCAGUGGUGGCGGCGGCGGCGGCGGCGGCAGCAGUAGCAACAGCAGCAGCGACGGCGGCGGCAAGAGGCAAGGAGAGGUAGCAGCGGCGGCAGCAUUAUGCGUGAUUACUGACAGGCACCAGCUGCUGCGGCCGCCACAGCCUCUCAACACUAUGUGGACUCUCGGAUCUAGAGGCAGAUUCCUGACUAAUCCCAGAGGGCUGGCCCAGCCUGCGCUCUCCCGGCUGCUAGCAAGCGAUGGCCACUCUUGUUAGCCCAAGUUGACGGAAGCCCGGCUGUGCCUGGGAGCCGAGAGAGAGAGAGAGAGAGAGAGAGAGAGAGAGAGAGAGAGAGAGAGAGGCUGUACUCUUCAGAAGCGCAGCAGAGGAAUGAACUGAGCAGCCAACAUGUAUGGAAAUUAUUCCCACUUCAUGAAGUUUCCCACCGGCUUUGGUGUUAAGAGGAGGCCUACUCUCAAAGCCAAAGGCUUGCCCCUUCUGUGAAGAACUCACAGUGCAGGAGGUGGAACCCGCUGAAGGCUUGGAAACCUGGGGAUACCACCUGCAGCCAUAAUGCCUCUGCCUUCAUAACUACAUUGGCUCCCCUGGUCACACUGGCUCGACGUCCAUGAGCCCUUCAGUAGCCUUGCCCACGGGGAAGCCAAUGGACAGCCACCCCAGCUACACAGACACCCCAGUGAGUGCCCCUCGGACGCUGAGUGCUGUGGGAACCCCCCUCAAUGCUCUUGGCUCUCCGUAUAGAGUCAUCACUUCUGCCAUGGGUCCACCCUCAGGAGCACUGGCAGCUCCUCCAGGAAUCAACUUGGUGGCUCCACCCAGCUCCCAGCUAAAUGUGGUCAACAGUGUCAGCAGCUCUGAGGACAUCAAGCCCUUACCAGGUCUGCCUGGGAUUGGAAAUAUGAACUACCCAUCCACCAGCCCUGGGUCUCUGGUGAAACACAUCUGUGCCAUCUGUGGGGACAGAUCCUCAGGGAAGCACUACGGUGUGUACAGCUGUGAAGGUUGCAAAGGCUUCUUCAAAAGGACCAUCAGGAAAGAUCUCAUCUACACCUGUCGGGAUAACAAAGAUUGUCUCAUCGACAAGCGCCAGCGCAACCGCUGCCAGUACUGUCGCUACCAGAAGUGCCUGGUCAUGGGCAUGAAGCGGGAAGCUGUGCAAGAAGAAAGGCAGAGGAGCCGAGAGCGAGCAGAGAGUGAGGCAGAAUGUGCCAGUAGUAGCCACGAAGACAUGCCCGUGGAGAGGAUUCUAGAAGCCGAACUUGCUGUGGAACCAAAGACAGAAUCCUACGGUGACAUGAACGUGGAGAACUCAACAAAUGACCCUGUUACCAACAUAUGCCAUGCUGCAGAUAAGCAACUUUUCACCCUCGUUGAGUGGGCCAAACGCAUCCCCCACUUCUCAGAUCUCACCUUGGAGGACCAGGUCAUUCUACUCCGGGCAGGGUGGAAUGAACUGCUCAUUGCCUCCUUCUCCCACCGCUCGGUUUCCGUCCAGGAUGGCAUCCUGCUGGCCACGGGCCUCCACGUGCACAGGAGCAGCGCUCACAGCGCGGGAGUCGGCUCCAUCUUCGACAGAGUCCUUACAGAGUUGGUGUCCAAGAUGAAAGACAUGCAGAUGGAUAAGUCAGAGCUGGGGUGCCUACGGGCCAUCGUGCUGUUUAACCCAGAUGCCAAGGGUUUAUCCAACCCCUCUGAGGUGGAGACUCUUCGAGAGAAGGUUUAUGCCACCCUGGAGGCCUAUACCAAGCAGAAGUAUCCGGAACAGCCAGGCAGGUUUGCCAAGCUUCUGCUGCGUCUCCCUGCUCUGCGCUCCAUCGGCUUGAAAUGCCUGGAACACCUCUUCUUCUUCAAGCUCAUUGGAGACACUCCCAUCGACAGCUUCCUCAUGGAGAUGUUGGAGACCCCACUGCAGAUCACCUGAACCUCCUCAGCUGCAGCUUCCCCACCCAGGGUGACCCUGGGCGGGUGUGUGUGUGUGGCCCUACCCUGCACACUCUCCCCCAUCUUCCACUCUGGCCUCCCUUCCUGUCCCCAAAAUGUGAUGCUUGUAAUAAAGACAACCUUUCUACACAUGAGACUUUUCUAGGUGGAGUUUUGUACGGCUGUUAAAGGUGGCCCUUCUUUGCUAUUUAAGGGGCUGAGGUCUUUCCGGCAGUUCUUGGGAAGAGUGGCCAAGCCUCUGUACAUAUAAUUGGUUUAAAUUAUUUUUUCACUUGCCAUGGAAAGCAAACAAAUGGAAAAGAAAAUAAUAAAUAUGAUAUUGGCACUGC